AUGCUGUCCCAUAAUCAUCAUCACCACCACCUGACAUCAGAUUCUGGUAUUCCUGAAUCAGAUCAAACAAUAACAAAUGAACCGACCACUAACACUGCCACUGCAACUGCUAGUGCUGCUACAACGACCAACAACAACAAUGGUACUUCUCUACCAGAUACAAACUAUAUGCAACAAUAUCUUCGAUCUUGUAUAAUACAUUCAUUGGAUACUUUUAAUUAUACAAAUGCUGAAUUUAUAAGUGAACGAUUGUUGGCUAUUGAUGGAUCUAAUUUAGAUUCAAUUUAUUUAUAUUGCUUAUCAUUAUUUCAUCAACAUAAAUAUAAAUCAUGUUAUCAUAAAUUAAUUCAAUUGAAUAAUAAUAUCAACAAUCAUUUAGGAUGUUGUUAUAUAUUUGGAAAAUGUUGUUUAAAAUUGGAUAAAUGUAAAGAAGGGAUUUAUCAAUUAUUAAAAGUUGGAUAUAUGUAUAAUGAAUCAAAAUUACAAGAAUCAUUUCAUGAGAAUGAAGGUUAUGAAGAUUAUGACUAUGAAAAUGGACCCGAAGGGAAUGGGAAUCCAUUUUAUUUCAUCCUGUCAAAUCAGAAAUUUCAUUAUGAAUCAAAUCGAAGUAUAUACCCUGAUGCGUCACUGAUAUAUCACCUAUUGGGAGAUCUAUAUCGAGGAAUAAAUGAUUUAAAACAUUCAGCAUUGAAUUAUACACAAGCCUUAAAAUUGAAUCAAUAUGAUUUUGAAGCAUUACAACAAUUAUGUAAAUCAGGAAUCAAUCUAAAUAUAAAAGCAAUCUAUAAAUCUCAACCACCAGUGACACCAACUACAAGAUUUGGAAGAAAUGAUAAUGAGUUUGACAAUCAAACCAGGACUCCUAUUCAUACACAAUUGACAAAUCCAUUUGCCGAUAAACGACAGUCUCAAACUCAGACAACCCCAUCCAUUCAUACAGAUGAUUCUAGUGCUUUUGCUACACCUAGGAUAAAACAUCCAUCGGUUCCAGAUGCUCCCUUGAGAAAAUCAAAUUUAAAUAACAAUAAUAAUAGUAAUGACUCGGUGAUAUUUACAAAACCAGCAUUUCCAAUAUCGGAUAUUGUUACCGAUAAGAAAUUCAGACGCGGAGGAACGAGUAGUAUAGCAACAGGGACUGGAACAAGUGGUAGUGGUAGUGAAUAUUCGAAAAUCACCUCGAGGUUAAUAUUACAACCAGGCACAGGCACUGGAGCCAGUGGUUCUAGUUCAGGAACUGUAACUAAUCCCAUGGAGAAGACACCUGCUAAAAGACCAGUGCGAGCUAAUUUGAAACGAAAUAAUUCAUCAAGUUUAGAAGCAGGAUUACAACAACAAUCAUAUCCGAAAACGACGACGACAACAACAACAGCAACAAUGACAACCCCAUCAUCUAACCAUGUGAUUAAUAAUUCUUCAAUUUUCAUAAAUAAACAAAUUGAAAAGAGUGAUAAAUAUUUAUUACGACUUUUUAGUAUAUUUGCCAAAGCAUUCAAAUCAAUGAUGAAAUAUGAUUGUUAUAAAGCUAUUCGAUUAUUGGAAUCGUUGGAUGAAUCACAACGAGAAACGCCAUGGGUUUUAAGUAAAUUAGGUCGAUUACAUUAUGAAAUCAUCAAUUAUAAACAAUCACAAUAUUAUUUUAAUAAAUUACGAAAAUUAGAUCGAACAAGAUUGGAAGAUAUGGAAUAUUAUCUGACAUUAUUAUGGCAUUUAGAAUCAAAAGUUGAAUUAACGUUUUUGGCUAAUGAAUUAUAUGAAAUUGAUUGUAAUUCAGCAAUUACAUGGUGUGUUGUUGGGAAUUUAUUUUCAUUAAUUCAUGAACCUGAUGAUGCGAUUAAAUGUUUUAAUAAAUCGAUUAAGCUUGAUUCUAAAUUCACAUAUGCAUAUACUUUGAAAGGACAUGAAUAUUUUGGAAAUGAUAAUUAUGAAAUGGCAUUAGAGAAUUUCAGAAUUAGUUUAUUAUUAGAUUCAAGACAUUAUAAUGCGUUGUAUGGGAUUGGAAUGAUAUAUAUCAAUUUAGGUGAUUAUAAUAAGGCCAAUUAUCAUUUCCGUAAAGCAAUUUCAAUAAAUCCAAUUAAUAUUAUCUUAAUAUGUUGUAAUGGAAUGGUUCUAGAAAAAUUAGGUAAGAAAUCAUUGGCAAUAAAACAAUAUGAAUUAGCUAAUAAAUUACAACCAUUAAAUCCUUUGCCAUUAUUCAAGAAGGCACAGUUAUUAUUUUCAGAACAACAAUAUGAAGCAGCAUUGAAAUGUUUUGAAACUUUGAAAGAUUUAGCACCUAAUGAAGCUAGUGUACAUUUCUUAUUGGGACAAUUGUAUAAUAUUCAAGGAGAUAAGUUUUUGGCAGUGAGGGAGUUUACAAUUGCGUUGAAUUUGGAUCCAAAGGGGAAUUAUUUGAUUAGAGAAGCAAUGGAAAGUUUGAAGGAGAAGUAG